AUGGCUAACUCCUCCUCUCUCCUCCUUAUACCUUCCCCAGGAGAUCAGCUGGUUCCCAGAGCCCCAGGCCCCUCCCCAGAGGUGGAGGACGAUCCCGGAGAGGCCUUUGAGUUUGACGACAGUGAUGAUGAAGAGGACACCAGCACUGGCCUGGCAGUCCCCAGUGUUGCUGCCGGAAAGGAGACAGACUCCCCACUGGUCUGCUUCGACUCCGCCCCCAUCACUGACCCAGACCCAGCGGCCGCACCGCCCCAGACAGAGGUGCCGGCUGUGGUGAGCAAUGGGGAUGCUGUGGACACAGCUUUCUCAGGGGUCCGGCGCUCCACUUGGAAGGGGAAGAGCUCCCACCGCAUCGAACGGUUCACUUUCCCUGCCCUGGAAGAAGAUGUGAUUUAUGACGACGUCCCCUGCGAGAACCUGGAUGCCCAUCAACCCGGGGCAGAGAGGAACCUGGAGGAUGCGCACCGGGACGGGUCUCCUCGGGUGGCAGACGACCUAGGCUGGAGCUCCAGCGAGUUCGAGAGCUACAGCGAGGACUCGGGGGAGGAGGCCAAGCUGGAGGCAGAGCCCGCCAAGCACCGAGUGUCCUUCCAGCCCAAGAUGACCCAGCUCAUGAAGGCCGCCAAGAGCGGAACCAAAGACGGGCUGGAGAAGACGAGAAUUGCUGUCAUGCGCAAAGUGUCCUUUCUGCACAGGAAAGACGUUCUCGGUGACUCGGAGGAGGAGGACAUGGGGCUCCUGGAGGUCAGCGUUUCAGACAUCAAGCCCCUGGCCCCAGAGCUGGGCCCCAUGCCCGAUGGCCUGAGCCCUCAGCAGGUAGUCCGGAGGCACAUCCUGGGCUCCAUUGUGCAGAGCGAAGGCAGCUAUGUGGAGUCUUUGAAGCGGAUACUCCAGGAUUACCGCAACCCCCUCAUGGAGAUGGAGCCCAAGGUACUGAGCGUCCGCAAGUGCCAGCUGGUGUUCUUCCGCGUGAAGGAGAUUCUGCACUGCCACUCCAUGUUCCAGAUUGCCCUGUCCUCCCGCGUGGCUGAGUGGGACUCCACCGAGAAGAUCGGGGACCUCUUUGUGGCUUCGUUCUCCAAGUCCAUGGUGCUAGACGUGUACAGUGACUACGUGAACAACUUCACCAACGCCAUGUCCAUCAUCAAGAAGGCCUGUCUCACCAAGCCAGCCUUCCUUGAAUUCCUCAAGAGACGGCAGAUUUGCAGCCCGGACCGUGUCACGCUCUACGGGCUGAUGGUGAAGCCCAUCCAGAGGUUCCCACAGUUUAUCCUCCUGCUCCAGGACAUGCUGAAGAACACCCCCAGGGGGCACCCUGACAGGCUCUCCCUGCAGCUGGCCCUCACGGAGCUGGAGACACUGGCUGAGAAGCUGAAUGAGCAGAAGCGGCUGGCUGACCAGGUGGCCGAGAUCCAGCAGCUGACCAAGAGUGUCAGUGACCGCAGCAGCCUCAACAAGCUGUUGACCUCGGGCCAGCGGCAGCUGCUGCUGUGUGAGACGCUGACGGAAACUGUGUAUGGUGACCGUGGGCAGCUGAUCAAGUCCAAGGAGCGCAGGGUCUUCCUGCUUAAUGACAUGCUGGUCUGUGCCAACAUCAACUUCAAGGGCCAGCUGGAGAUAAGCAGCCUGGUGCCCCUGGGGCCCAAGUACGUGGUGAAAUGGAACACGGCGCUGCCCCAGGUUCAGGUGGUGGAGGUGGGCCAGGAGGGUGGCGCUUACGAUAAGGACAACAUGCUGAUCCAGCAUGCCGGCGCCAAGAAGACCUCUGCGGCGGGCCAGGCCCAGACUGACCCCACUUGGAUUCCUGCAGAGCCCUUCGUUUUCUUCAUCUGGUGUGUGCACAUUAUUUAUAUUCCAAGGCCACCUCUGCUCUUUGCUUCUGACCUGCUGACCCGUAAAGUGGCCCUGCUCAGUACCAGUGUCCAUGGAAGCCUUAACACCAGACAGCAGAACAUGGCUUUAAAAUCAUUAUCUCCAGACAAGGUGUACCUUGGCCCCCCGCGCCUCUUCCAGGAGCUGCAGGACCUGCAGAAGGACCUAGCCGUAGUGGAGCAGAUAACCCUCCUCAUCAGCACACUGCACGGCACCUACCAGAACCUGAACAUGACCGUGGCUCAAGACUGGUGCCUGGCUCUGCAGAGGCUAAUGCGGGUGAAGGAGGAGGAGAUCCACUCAGCCAACAAGUGCCGCCUCCGACUCCUGCUUCCCGGGAAACCAGACAAGUCUGGCCGCCCCAUCAGCUUCAUGGUGGUCUUCAUCACCCCUAACCCCCUGAGCAAGAUCUCUUGGGUGAACAGGUUGCAUUUGGCCAAGAUCGGACUCCGGGAGGAGAACCAGCCCGGCUGGCUGUGUCCUGAUGAGGACAAGAAGAGCAAAGCCCCGUUCUGGUGCCCCAUCCUGGCCUGCUGUGUUCCCGCCUUCUGCUCCCGGGCCCUCAGCCUGCAGCUGGGGGCCCUGGUCCAUAGUCCUGUCAACUCUCCCCUGCUGGGCUUCUCAGCGGUCAGCACCUCCCUUCCACAGGGCUACCUCUGGGUUGGCGGCGGGCAGGAGGGCGCAGGGGGCCAGGUGGACAUCUUCUCCCUGAACCGGCCCUCACCCCGCACCGUCAAGUCCUUCCCCCUGGCGGCCCCUGUGCUCUGCAUGGAGUACAUUCCGGAGCCAGAGGAGGAGGGUGAGAGCAGAGAUGAGAGCCGGACAGCUGCUGACCCCUCGGCCGCAGUGCACCCAACCAUCUGCCUUGGACUCCAGGAUGGCAGUGUCCUGGUGUACGGCAGUGUGGACACGGGGACCCAGUGCCUGGCGACCUGCAGGAGCCCAGGCCUGCAGCCUGUGCUCUGUCUGCGGCACAGCCCCUUCCAUCUGUUUGCGGGCCUGCAGGAUGGGACCCUCGCCGCCUACCCUCGGACCAGCGGAGGAGUCCCAUGGGACCUGGAGAGCCCUCCUGUGUGCCUCACCGUGGGGCCUGGGCCUGUGCGCACCCUGCUGAGCCUGGAGGACGCAGUGUGGGCCAGCUGUGGGCCCCGGGUCACCGUCCUGGAUGCCACCACCCUGCAGACUCAGCAAAGCUUUGAGGCGCACCAGGACGAGGCGGUGAGCGUAACGCACAUGGUGAAGGCGGGCAGCGGUGUCUGGAUGGCCUUCUCCUCCGGCUCCUCCAUCCGCCUCUUCCACACCGAGACCCUGGAGCACCUGCAGGAGAUCAACAUCGCCACCAGGACCACCUUCCUCCUGCCAGGCCAGAAGCACUUGUGUGUCACCAGCCUUCUGAUCUGCCAGGGUCUGCUCUGGGUGGGCACCGACCAGGGUGUCAUCGUCUUGCUGCCUGUGCCCCGGCUGGAAGGCAUCCCCAAGAUCACAGAACUUUGUGAGGUGGGCCAUUAUCAACUCCACUUUGGAGAUGAGGAAAUAGAGGUGCAGAGAGCUGAAGUGACCUAAGGCCACAUGACUGGUUUUUGAGUGCCCUGGACUCGAACACAGAUCUGGAAAUGUGACUCAGGGAAUUGAAGUAACUUGCCCGGGGCACACAGCAAGGAAAUGGCAGAACUGAGAUUUGAAUCAGGACUAUGAUUGUAGAGACUACUCUUAACCAAAGGUAUGUGGAGUUGGGAAGCUGGGCUGACCAUGUGGUAAGAAGUCCCUGUCCAGGUCUGAUCUCCAAGUGGAAGGCUGGGACAGGGUGAGGGUGAAAAGACAGGAGAAGGCUGGAGUGGCUUGGUCAUGGAGGAGCGGCCUCGUGGUCAGCAGCAAAGAGCUGUGUGGCCAAUGCUUCCCUCCUAAGGGCUCAAGUGGCCAGGGCUCAUGCAAGCAUUAUUGGGGUGUCAUCCCAUUGUGACUUCCCAAUCUAAAGGAAGCUUCCCUCCCAACCUUACUUUUGUAGCACUGAUUAAUAUCUAAAAUUAUGAUGAUUUACUCAUUUGUUGUUGUUAUUAGUUGCUAUAAAGUCAGCUCCAACUCAUGGCAACCCCGUGUACAACAGAAUGCAGCAUUGCCCAGUCCUAUGCCAUCUUCACAAUCAUUGGUAUGCUAGAGUCCAUUGUUGCAGCCAUUGCGUAUUUUGAGUGCCUUCCCACCUAGGGGGCUCAUUUUCCAGCACUAUAUCGGACAAUAUUCUGUUGUGAAUAGUGGCGAAUUUUUGGAUGUAGAUCAUCAGGCCUUUCUUCCUAGUCUGCCUUCGUUUGGAAGCUCUGCUGAAACCUGUCCACCAUGAAUGACCCUGCUGGUAUUUGAAAUAUUAGUAGCAUAGCUUCUAACAUCACAGCAACAUGCAAGCCACCACAGUACUUGUACACAGUACACCAUAGUACUCGCUUGUUUUCUUCUCCCUCUAGAAUGCUGCAGCCCCAACACCUAGCACAGAACCUGGCCAUGGUGGGCCUUCAGUCCUCUGUCAGGCCCCUUGCUCACUAUCAGAGGAGGGCUGAUUCUCUUUGUAAGAGACAAACUAGCCUACCCCAUUGUAGUGUGUGCAGCCUAGACGUUGGCCUGCUUCCAGUCAACCAUUCCAGCUCAAAUGAUUACGAAACACACAAAUAAGCAGCCAUGAGUUGCAGCCUAAUCACCCAUUCUUUCUUUCCUAGACUUCUAAGUGCUGCUUUGAGCUUCCAUCUGGUCCUGUGAUACAAGCUCCGCCCCCAGCUAUGACAUCAGUGAGGCUGCCCCUGGAAUCCCAGCCUAACUAGCCUUUAUAUUUUACGACCUUGUUUUUGCAGCUCAAGACCCAUGCACUGAAGACUACAAGCUCCAUUGAACAUUUAAGUCUGCAGAUGGCUCCACAGCAUGGGCCAGGGAGCGAGCAGCGUGGAUGGGGCUGGAUGGAGUUGCCUCCGGGAGACCCUCUGGCUCUCAGCUUGGCUUCUUCCUCUUAGGAUUCUUCCCUUUUCCGGCUCACCAAAUCUCUGUUAUGAUGAUAUUGCUUAGUUCAAUAGUUCACCCGCAGUGGCUGAGCACCCCCACAUCUGGACACAGUGUUAGGGGUAGGGAUAGGGGUGAACCAGACAUGGUCUUAGCCAUUGUCUGGGAUGUAGGGUCCCAGAAGCAGACCCAGUCUGUGCUCUCAGGAGAAACCAGUAACAGUAUGAGGGGAACAGAACAUAGUGAGGGCUGGGGAGAAGCCAAGCCAGGUGUGACUUCAGACAAAGCCCAGAAAGCAGCCUCAUCCUCAUCCUGCAGGCGACUCUGGAGUGGAAGUAGUGUCUCCGAAUUGUCCAAAUGGGCAGACCUGCCAGUCUUGGCCAAGGGCCAUCCUGGGGGGUCAGACUCCAGGCACUGUCAACUGCCUGCAGAUGUGGACAAAGCUGCUCCAGUGGUCCAGGGUAGGCCUCUAAAGAAGAGUCGCAGGUGCAGCCACUGGGGGAGAAGACCUAUGUCAGCGGAGAGGCUCACGGACAUGGCAAAAGGGACCUGAGGGGACCUGGGCAAGAUACCUGUGAGACCUCCCUUCCGGUUGUCUUAGGGUUCUCUAGAGAAGCAGAACCAGUGCUACAUAUACAUAUAUAUAUAGAGAGAGAGAGCUCUGAUGGCACAAGGUUUGAGCGCUCAGCUGCUAACCAAGAAGUCAGUGGUUCAAACCCACACGGUGGCUCUGUGGAAGAAAAGACUUGGUGAUCUGCUCCUGUAAAGAUUACAGCUUAGAAAACCCUAUGAGGCAGUUCUACUCUGUCACAUGGGGUUGUUAUGAGUCAGAAUCAACUGGAUGGCACCCAACAACAUCUAUAUAUCUGUCUAUCUAUAUCUAUCUACCUACCUACCUACCUACCUACCUAUCUGUCUAUAUAGAGAGAGACUUACUUCAAAGGAUUGGCUCACACAAUUGUGGGAGCUGGCAAGCUCAAAAUCUGUAGGUCAGGCAGCAGCCUAGAGACUCUUGCAGGCUUGCAUCCCAAGAUCCGUAGGUCAAUGGAUGGGAAGAGUGAAGAGAGAGAGAAACUUCUGUCAAAAUAUCUGUUUAUAGUCUGGAGGCAGAACACACCGUAAGGUUAAUUGAUCACAUCGCAUUAGAUUGCAUUAUGGAAUGUAAUUACAUUACAUUGCAGAAUGGCAGCUAGUCUAGUGUUCAGCCAAACCACUGGGAACUUCAGCCUAACCAAGUUGACACAUAAAAUUAACCAUUAUAAGGUGCUGAUGAAUUCAGAUAGGUGGCAAAAGGAGGGCAUACUGUACGAUACCCAAGACUGCUAGUAAAAGCCGUUCCCAUCCGUCUUGGCUGCUCAGGAUGUGCCCGGUGCUGUGCUGUGUGCUGUCCAUGUCUCAUGACACCUCACAACAAUUCUACAUGGUAAACACUAUUAUUAUCCUCAUAUUACAGGUGAAGACAUGGAGGCACAGAGAGGUUAUGCCAUUUGCCCAAAGACACAGCUAGCUAGUGCGGAGCUGAGGUUUGAACACAGAACACACUUUAUAACUACUGUAAAGUUCUGUGCAUCAGGGGAGCACAUAGAAGGGCUCUGAGCACGUGCUGGGCCCUGCUCUAGGUCCCAGGAGGACAACAGGGAGAAAGGCUUGAAGAAUGAUCCCUGAGGAAACUUUGGGCCUGGACAUUCCUGACCCUGGGUUCUGGGAAGAUGGGAAGGGGUAAGACAAGGAGGUAAAUCCCAGUGAGGGUCUCCCAGGAGCCUUUCCAUGACAGGACCAGGGGCGGACUCACAGGCCGGUCUGUGUGGGGGCUCUGUGCCUUUGGCUGCUUUUCCUCAGGAAGGAAGCCAACAUUAUUGUGCAUUUAUGGAGCGUUAGGAACUACCCUAACAACAGUCCUGAGGGGCGCAACUGUUGUUAUCUGUAACUUGAUGGAGAGACUGGGGUUCAGAGAGAUACAGGUGCUGACCAGGGCGGCACAGCUGGUUGGUAGUUGAGUGGCCACAGCGUGUGUUGUUGGGGAAGCAGAAGAGGCCAUGAUGGAUCAAUAAGCUGUGGUGAGAGAAAGGAAGUCUGAGGAGAGGAAGGAAAAUAUAGUUAAAUUGAUUUUAGAGGUCCUGGGUGUCUGCAGAGACAGUUCCUCCGUUGUCCCAAAGUGCUUGUAAAUUGCCGCCUCUGCCUCCGUCAGCUUCAGAGAAGGAGAAAGUGUGUCUGGUCUCAACCCUCAGUGUUUCCGCUUUCAGAGAAACUCAGCUGCCAGCGGAAGCUCUGGGUCCUCCCCACCUGGUCAGGCCGGAGAGGGAGGUGUCCCCUGCCUCCCACUUGCAGCGGGUGGUUGGAGUCUGUGCCAAGUGGGUGGGUCGUCCAGAAGGGACCAUGCGGUGAGAGUCAGACCUGAGUUCUAACACUGAUGCCACCUCCUACUGGCUGGGUGACCUGGGGCAAGUCAUGUGUCUCUGUGAGCCUAGUUUCCUAAAAAUUGGUAUCCUAAAAAAGACCAGUCACUGGAAAACGAUGUUGUGUUUGGUAAAGCAGAGGGUCAGUGAAAACCAGGGAAACCCUCAGUGAGAUGAUGGACAACAAUAGCCUUAACAAUGGACUCCAACAUACCAACAACGAUCAUGAAGAUGGCGCAAGACAGGGCAACGUUUUGUUCUGUUAUACAUAAGGUCAUUAUGAGGUGGAGCUGACGGGACAACAGCUAACAACAACAGCAGCAAAGCCUCUUGGGCCUGUCUAGGCCUUGCAGAGGGGGCAAAAGAGUGGAUUUCCUGUCUCUGGCCUUGGAGACAGAUGUGGGAGCCAACCAUGGUCUGUGAGGGAGAGGUGUAGAGGGGUCACCUGCUGGCCUGGGUCUUUUGCUUCUGACUGGGGCUCCUGAGAGGGAGGUGCCUGCUGCCAGGAAAGAACACAGACUCUGAACCCAGUAGGCCUUCAUAGCCCGUCCACAGGACCUUCGGCAAACAGCUCGACCUCAGAGCCUCUUUCUCCAACGCCCAUGUCAGGCACCAGGAGCUGGUGUGAUGUCUGUUUCCUAGUGUCUGAGGUUAGGGAACCUCCCUAAUCUCCCAUUUCUGAUCCUUUUCUGGAACUUUCCAGAUCUUUCUGGAAUGUGUUUCUCAAACCCUUAGCCCCUGUCCCCUCUGCAUGCUCACAACCUUUGUGGGGAGGAGGGAGUCUUUUUACUGGUUCUAAAUAGGCAGUGGGGUCAGAGGCACAGUCUCCUCACCCUCCUGUCCAGGUUUUCAGGAGCCAGAGACCUAGAGCCACAGACCAGGAGCCUUAACUCCUCAAUCCCUUCUGUCUCAUCUGCUUGAGCCUCCUUCCCGCUAAUCAUCUUGGCCAUUUGCUCUUUCCCACCUCUACAUUUUUCCCCGCAAGCUGCAGCAACCAGAACUGAGGUCUAGAAUCAUUAAACGAUAAUAAUGACGACAAUAACAAUAAAGUGAAGUUGGUGUUUGCCCCUAAACCCGCUGCCCCAGCCUGCUCUGGGGCUGCCUUCCCUUCAUCUUAUGGGGGUGUUACAGGCUCACUGAGGCCUCUUACUGCCCCUAAUGCCAACUCUGGGUCCUGAGUCAGACAGACCCUGGUGGCCCUGAGACCUUCGACCUUCCUCUCACCAUGUCAGGCCUCAGUUUCUCCACUCUCAAAAGUGGAGAAUAGUGAUGCCCUCCUAACAGAGUUGUUUUGAUUCUUGUACAUAGCAGCUCUUAUGAUUCAUUUAUGCAACAACAAGCGAUUUGGGGCAUGUGACUCCUCCACCCUUCGCAGAACACAGGGACGAGUCCCAGUCCCUGCCCUCAGGGAGCUCGCCACCAGGCUCAAGGUGCCAAAAAACAACACACAGGCAACAGUUAAGUGAUAAUUCAGAUGGCUGUAAUAGACACACACGCACCAAAACUCUGCCCUGCCUCCAAGGAGUGUGAAGAUGGGUAAUAAUGGUAAUGGUUACUGAAACAACAAUACCAUUAAUAAAAAAUAAUGAUAA